GUUGAUACAUCACUGUGCCUCUUGACGAUGAGUCGGAUGCACUAUCGCGACAUUCCAUGGGGAGAGCGUGUGCGAGAUCCUUCCACAAACAUCUCGAUGGAAUCAUAACAGAAGCACCAUCCAGCAGCGUGCGACAUCGCACGUCCUUCGCCAUGGCUUCACAUCGGCUCAAGCGCGUUACACAUCUGGUGCUGGACUUUGACUCGACUCUGACCGUCAAAGAUACCAUGAGCGUACUAGGAGACAUUCCCGCCAGCCCGAAACUGAGCUGGAACCAGAUCUCCGAUGAUUACACGAAAGACUACAACACUUACAAAAACGAACCCUACCCUUGGAAAGACUACGAUCGCAAGGAGUACAGCGGCUGGCUAGAAGCUCGUAGAUGGGUUGAAGCUCGGAGCGCGAAGCGAGUUGAAGAUGCUGGCUUCUUUCGCGGCGUCACGCUCGAAGAUGUCAAGCAGACUGUUGCCCGCUCCCUCGAGAGCGGAAACCUACAGCUCCGCGAGGGCUGGGUCAAGCUCUUCGAGCUCUUUCUUCCGGACCACGACGACACGAGCGGCGUGAUCCACGGCGGUGGCCUCAGUAUCGACAGUCUCUGCCGCCUCAUCAAUGACAUGCAUAUCCAUGCGAAUGAGAUCGAAGGUCUCUGCUCGCCGCUCGGUAGCUCUGGGAGAGUCUGUCAUCCUCUCAACAUGGACAUUCGCACCUCUGCUGACAAGCUCCGCUAUAUGCCUCCAUCUCGACGCAUGUGGGGUGGGGUCGGCCCACAUGUGAUAUACAUUGGUGACUCCUCCACGGAUUUCGAUGCGUUGUGCGCCGCGGAUGUCGGUAUCUGGCUCUGCGAUGUUCCGGAACUGCAGUAUGGCCCGACUUUCAAAAAGAUGUUCGAGCCGCUGGACUUUGUUCCACCACCGCUGGUAUCGUGGCGUGAGCAUGGAACAGACAAGAAGCAUCUCUUUUGGUGGGCUCCGAACUUCGACGUUGUGCUGGAGCAUCUUGGUACUUCGAGGCAAAGUACUGAGCAGAGCGGAGCGUGA